GUUCGUGCUCAUGAGUAUGCAGAAUGUGAUAUUGCUGUUUGGCCCAGUAAUGGUGGAAGGUAUUGCGUGGGACAGAGGGAACGUUACCGACCGUGCAAUAUACAAGACUGCCCAUGGGACACUCUUGGCUUUCGGGAAGUGCAGUGCUCUGAGUUUAAUAAUCAAGACGUCGUCAGUGACAACGAAAGAUGUAAAUUGUACUGUCGUGUGAGCGGAUCUGCUGCAUUUUACUUGUUAAAAGACAAAGUUCUGGACGGCACUCCGUGCGAUCGGCAUGGCGAUGAUAUGUGCAUCGAUGGCACCUGCCAUAAGGCUGGCUGUGAUCAUCGAUUGGGUUCCGAAAUGAAGCGUGAUAAAUGCGGAAUCUGUGGCGGUGACGGAAGCACAUGCCGGGUGGUAGCAGGUAGCUAUAACGAGCGAGGAUCGUUUGGUUACAACGAAGUCUUGAAAAUACCAGCUGGCUCAGCCAAUAUAGAAAUAACGCAACGCGGUUAUCGUAAUCAGAAAGACGACGAUAAUUAUCUUGGGCGAGAAUUGUUGGAGUUUAAAUUUCAUACUUAA